AUGGCCACCAGAACCGCUGGAGGCAACUCUGCCUUCCACAACUUCCACAAUGACUACGCUCAUAUCGCCGACCCCAACGAGCGCCGACGACUCGCGCUCGCCGAGAUCGACAAGGCGCCCUUUGGCUGGUACCAUGUGCGCGCCAUCGCCGUCGCCGGUAUUGGCUUCUUCACCGACGCCUACGAUAUCUUCGCCAUCGGUAUCGUCACCACCGUCCUGGGUGUCGUCUACUGGCACCAGAAGAAGGGUGUCAUUCCAACCUCCGCCGAUACCGCCAUCAAGGUCGCCACGUCCGGUGGUACCGUCAUUGGACAGCUCGGCUUCGGUUUCCUCGCAGAUGUCGUCGGUCGUAAGAGGAUGUACGGCCUGGAAUUGAUCGUCAUCAUCUUCGCAACCCUCGCCCAGUCCCUCACCUCCAACUCCCAGGCCAUCUCGCUCGUCGGUGUCAUCAUCUUCUGGCGUGUGCUCAUGGGUAUCGGUAUCGGUGGUGACUACCCGCUCUCUUCCAUCAUCACCUCCGAGUUCGCGACCACCAAGUGGAGAGGAGCCAUGAUGGGAUCCGUCUUCGCCAUGCAGGGUCUCGGCCAGUUCGCUGCGGGCAUCAUUGCUCUCAUUGCCGUUGCUGGCUUCAAGGAGUCCCUCCUCUCCGCCUCCAGCCAGGCCACCUGCACCGGUGUCUGCUCGCUCGCCGCCGACAAGAUCUGGCGUAUCAUCAUCGGAAUGGGUGCCGUUCCCGGAUGCAUCGCCCUCUACUUCCGUCUCACCAUCCCCGAGACCCCCCGAUACACCUUUGAUGUCUCUCGCGAUGUCGUCAAGGGAGGCUCCGACGUCAAGGCCUACCUGAGCGGCACUGCCGAGGGUGUGCCAGACGAGAUCACCCGUGUUACCAACAUGCGCGACGCGGCUCCUCAGAUGGACAUUCCCAAGGCUUCCUUCAAGGACUUUGGCAGGCAUCUCGGCAAGUGGAAGUAUGGAAAGGUCCUCCUCGGAACGGCCUUCUCCUGGUUCACUCUCGAUGUUGCCUUCUACGGUCUCGGCCUGAACAACUCCACCAUCCUCCAGGCCAUCGGUUACGGCAAGGGACACAACAUGUACGAAUUCCUCUACAACAUCGCCGUCGGCAACAUCAUCUUGGUCUGCGCCGGUGCCAUUCCCGGUUACUGGGUUACCGUCGCCCUCGUCGACACUGUUGGCCGUAAGCCAAUCCAGCUCAUGGGCUUCGUCAUCCUCACCAUCCUCUUCUGCAUCAUGGGUUUCGCCUACCACAAAAUCGGCACGAGCGGCCUCCUCGCCUGCUACGUCUUGGCCCAGUUCUUCUUCAACUUUGGACCAAACUCGACGACCUUCAUCGUUCCAGGAGAGUGCUUCCCGACUCGCUACCGGUCUACCUGCCACGGCAUCUCCGCCGCAUCCGGAAAGGUGGGCUCCAUCAUCGCGCAGGCCGCCAUUGCCCCUCUCCGUACCCGCGGUGCCACCUCUGCCAACGCUUCCCCAUGGCUCAACCACGUCUUGGAGAUCUUCGCCCUCUUCAUGUUGCUCGGCUGCUUCUCCACCCUCCUCAUCCCCGAGACCAAGCGCAAGGUAAGCACAUCAUCAUUCCCACACAUUUCAAUGACCGAAUCACUAACAACGACAUCGUAUAGACUCUCGAACAGCUCGCCGGUGAAGUCCCCGGCACGCCAGAGUACGACCCCGAGCUCGCUGGGAUCCACCACUACGACCGCUCCGGCUCCGACCCCUCGGGCGAGCACAUCUCGCACGAAAAGGGUGACAACUCUGUAUAG